UCAUUCAUCUCAACAUCUCUCUAUUACCACUAAUCAAUACAAAAUGGCUAAUUCAUUCUCUAAUUAUUCCAAUUUCUCAUUUCUUGUCUUAUUCUCCAUACUACUAUCUCUCAUGUCACAUGCAACAUUUGCACGCGACUUUUCAAUUGUGGGAUAUUCCCCCGAUGACUUGACUAGCAUCGAUAACAUCAUCGAUCUCUUCGAGACGUGGAUGGAGAAACACAGCAAGAUUUACAAAAGCAUUGAAGAGAAAUUGCAUAGGUUUGAGAUUUUCAGAGAUAAUUUGAAACACAUUGAUGAGAGGAACAAGAAUGUUAGUAACUAUUGGCUUGGUUUGAAUGAAUUUGCUGAUUUGAGCCAUGACGAAUUCCAGAAGAUGUAUUUGGGACUCAAAGUUCAAAAUGAGAGAUCAUAUGAUGAGUCUACACAAGAAUUUACAUAUAGAGAUUUUGUGGAUUUGCCCAAGUCUGUUGAUUGGAGAAAGAAGGGUGCUGUGACCAAUGUGAAGAACCAGGGCUCAUGUGGUAGUUGUUGGGCAUUUUCAACGGUAGCGGCAGUAGAGGGCAUAAACCAAAUAAAGACGGGGAAUUUGACAUCCUUGUCUGAACAAGAGUUGAUUGACUGUGACACAAAAUACAACAGUGGUUGCAAUGGAGGCCUUAUGGAUUAUGCUUUUCAAUUUAUUGUCAAACAAGGUGGUCUUCACAAAGAGGAUGACUAUCCUUACCUCAUGAAGGAAGGCACUUGUGAUGAAAAGAGGGAUGAAAGUGAAGUGGUGACAAUAGAUGGUUACCGUGAUGUACCUGCCAAUGAUGAACAAAGUCUCUUGAAAGCUCUUGCAAACCAACCUAUUAGUGUGGCCAUUGAGGCUUCUGGCAGAGAUUUCCAAUUCUACAAAGGGGGUGUGUUUGAUGGGCAUUGUGGAACUGCAUUGGAUCAUGGAGUGGCAGCAGUUGGAUAUGGAUCCACAAAGGGGAUGGACUAUAUCAUUGUCAAGAAUUCUUGGGGGCCCAAAUGGGGAGAAAAGGGUUACAUUAGGAUGAAGAGAAACACUGGCAAGGCCCAAGGACUUUGUGGAAUCAACAAAAUGGCUUCUUUCCCAAUCAAAAAGUAGUGGGAAAAAAAAUGCACUCUUAAUUUCUUUUCUUCACUUCAUCCCCUGUUUCUUCAUUUGAUGAAUAAUGUUGUUUUAUUUGUUAUUUAAGCAUUUUGUUAUUUUUCAUCAAGGAUUUAACAAUAUAGUGUGCUCAUCCAAUUUGUUUUUAAGGAAAUCAUUGCUUUCUUUGUUUGCC